AGCGUCUCUCACAAACCUUCCCAUAACCAGCCAUUGGGCACAUUACCAGCAGGUUGGUGCUGGUGGGUGGGAGAGAUCACCGAGUGCUGCUGAUUGGGGACCAGGAGAGAACUGGUUGAAGGAGCUGGUGGUUUCCAGUCACUGGGGAGCAGCUCAGCGCGUCCCUGUGAUCACUGGACUGAAACAGCGACCACAUCUGGUGUUGCCCAACUACAUUGUGAAUCGGUUCCACCACUUUGGGAGAUUGGAGUGAGAUGGCCUCCACGGAGACUGAACCAAGUGCCAGUGCAGAGGGCGAUGGAAUGACCCGUGGUGUGGAUCAAGCCCCCUGCAAAACACCAACAGCAGGUACAAAUACCUUAUUCACUGAGACCCUGACCCUGUAUGAUGAUUACCAGCUGCACAGACUGACUAAGUUCUACCGGGACAGAUUGGAACAGGCCAUUGAGGAAGGCGUGGAGGACAUCAGCUCAAGGCUCAGACAGAAGGAAUGUUUCAGUCCGCAGGAGCACAAAAAAGUCACUGAACUCACACACAGUGGGAAGAGGAGACAAAGCUCCAAAUUUCUUCUGAACCUGGUGAUGGGGAAAGGUUCUGAGGCCCGGAGAGUGAUGUGGGAAUCUUUUGUGAAAAUGAGGCCCACUUUGCCCAAACUGAACAAAAUCAUGACGGAAAUACAGCAACAAGGUGCCAGUCUAGUGGAUGAAGUGACCAUUGUCCGAAGUGUAUCAGAUGUCUCCAGUGAUCUGAAAGCCAUUCAGCAAUUGCACAAGGAGACGUUAAAGAAACAAACUGAGAACCUGGAAGUGAAGACCAUCCUGAUAAAGGAGAAGGUGAAGAAGUUUCAGUUGGUUGAUCGCUACACAGAGCUAACAAUCAUUUCUGAUGUACGUGACCGGGAUCUGGUAGAACAUGAGCUGCUGGCGAGAGGCAGAGACCACGAGGAGUGGAGACAGAAGCAGCUCCGGGGAGAGCUGGAAAAAAUCCGAAUUGAUAAACUGUUCCACAGCAGCUUCUCUGGAGGAGGUUUAUUUUCCUUGUUGAGAAAAUUCUACAAGAGAAGCGGAUCUGGUAAUUUCACAGGGACUUCCACAGUAGUGAGUGGAGUGGCGGGGAUUGGAAAAACAACCAUGGUGCAAAAGAUUGUCCAUGACUGGGCCACAGGCAAAAUCUAUCCUCACUUUCACUUUGUUUUUAUUUUUAAAUUCCGAGACCUAAACAGACUAAACUGCAGAAUUACUCUGACCCUCCUGAUUCUGGAUGAGUAUCCUUACCUCAGGCGUGUUCUAGAUGAGCUGUGGGAACACCCAGAGACAUUGCUAUUUAUAUUUGAUGGCUUGGAUGAAUUCAGAGGAAGGAUUGAUUUCGUUGAGAAUCAUAGAGACACAGAGCCUCAGAACAGGUGUACAGACCCUGGUUUCUGGUGUGAGGUGUCUGAUAUUGUGUGCAGUUUAAUACAGAGAAAGCUGCUGCCAGGCUGCUCAGUGCUGGUGACCAGCCGCCCCACUGCAUUACAUUUACUGGCAAAGGCUCAGGUCAGUGUCUGGGCUGAAAUCCUGGGAUUUGUGGGUGAAGAGAGAAAGGAAUAUUUUCACAAGUUCUUUGAAGAUCAGGAGGUGGCAGCUGCUGUUUACAGCCACGUGGAGGAGAACGAGCUCCUGUUAACCAUGUGCUAUAACCCGUCCUACUGCUGGAUCCUCGCUCUGUCACUGGGUCCCUUCUUUACACGCAAACACAGCAACAAACAGCGAGUUCCCAAGACAGUCACACAACUCUUCUCCUAUUAUAUUUAUAACAUACUAUCACAUCACAGUGUCAAGAUGGAAAACCCCCGUGAUGUGAUGCUGAAGAUUGGUGAGAUGGCCUUCACUGGAGUCUCCCAGAGAAACAUUGUCUUUAAUGAUGAAGAUCUGAUUAAAUAUAACCUCCAGCCUUCGCAGUUCCUCUCUGGGUUUCUCAUGGAACUUGUGGAGAGAGAGUCUUCAGAGCACAGCGUGGUCUACACAUUCCCGCACCUCACCAUCCAGGAGUUUGUAGCCGCAAUCGCUCAGUUCCUGUCUCCACAUCCCAAAUACACAAUGCGGUGUUUGAAGAGCAGUGACAUGGAAAAUGACGGCCGGUUUCAGAUAUUCCUGCGCUUUGUUGCUGGUCUCUCCUCCCCACGGGCAGCUCAGCCCCUGGAGGAGUUUCUGGGUACAUUUGUCCAUCAGACAACCUGCGCGGUGAUCGAUUGGCUGAUGGAGAAGAUUAAAGCUCAGAUCAGCGACACAGACACCGUCACUGGGAAAGGGAAGCUGCUGAACACACUCCACUACCUGUUUGAAUCUCAGAAUCAAGCCCUGGCACAGCUCACACUGGGCUCUGUACAAACGCUCACAUUGGGUGACUUCUCUUCAGAGAAAGCAUUGCGACUGACACCUAUAGACUGUGUUGUGGUGUCUCAGGCCAUUGGACUGUGCGACACAAUAAAACUGCUGAAUCUGAGCAGCUGCUACAUUCAGAAGGAGGGUCUUCAGCGUCUGAUGCCUGUUCUGCACAAGUGUCAGGAGUUACAGCUGGGCAACAAUAAUCUGGGAGAUGCUGGAAUGAAGCGCAUGUGUGAUGCUCUGAGGAAACCGAAGUGUAAAAUGCAGACUCUGAGGCUGCGGGGUAACAAUCUAACAGCUGAUUGUACCGAGGAUCUGACCUCCGCUCUCAGCACAAACCACUCACUGACGGAGCUGAUACUGAACGAUAAUAAACUGGGAGAUUGUGGAGUGAAGCGACUUUGUGAGGCUCUGAGGAACCCGAAGUGUAAAAUACGAAGUCUGGGGCUGUGGAAUAACUGUCUGACAGGUGGCUGCACUGAUGAUCUGGUCUCCGCCCUCACCACAAGCCGCUCAUUGAGGAUCCUGGACAUUGGAUCUAACUCCUUCACAGACGGCUCUGUCCCCGCUCUCCGCCGCCUCAUACAGACCUGCACCAGUUUGGAGGAGAUCUGGUUGUGUAAGAGUAAAUUCAGUUCAGACGGACAGAAGCAGCUGGAGUCAUUGCGGGGAAUCAGAGCUGGGCUGACAGUGUUAUUGUGACAAAUAUAUUCUGUGCAGUGUAGUGGAAUAUAUUCGUAGUGGAAUAUUUUCUGGGCGUUGUAGUGAUUGACUAUUAAAAAUGUCGAUCCUGUUUCCUCUCCCAUCCCUGCUAUGUUAAUAGUUGAUGUCACAUAAACACUGCCUUCAUCUCAAGGAGCCUGGAACACAAAGGGGAAGAAAUGAAGCUCCAGCUAUAUAGAGUGUUACUCAGAUUCCAUCUGGAUACUGCGUUCAGUUUUGGGCACCACACUACAGAAAAGAUAUAAUGGCCCUGGAGGAGUUGCAACUCAGGUUCACCAGAAUGUUACCAGUCCUAAAAGGUUUAAAUUGAGAGUAAAGGCUGCUUAAACUUGGAUUGUAAUGCUUUGAGUUUAGAAGGUUAAGGGGUUAAGGGGUAUUGCUUUGAGUUUAGAAGGUUAAGGGGCUUUAUCUACCUUAUCGUUUCGGGUUAUCAUCUUAAA